CAAUAUUGUUUGAUCAGUUGGAUUAUAACCCACGUGGAUGAUAGAGUUAUUAAUUAAUUGUUUUGUAAAAAAUAAUGUUAUAAGUAUUGUUGAAUAGUGUUUUUAUUUCAAUUAGUACGAAUUACAAAGAAGAAAACAUGGGAGCAUUAAAAAAAAUUCAAAAGGCGCAUAAAACUGGAAGACAUAGAAGCAAGCGUGAGAUCAGGCGAGUUACAGGAGGAAAAGUGGACGUGAAAAAACUUACCACACGUGCUAAGGCAGAAAGUAGCAAACAAGUGCGUCUUAACCAAGCUCAACAAAUUCGUAAGGCUAAACGUGACGGGAUAGUUGCUAAAAAAAGAAAUUUUGGAAGUGAUUUAGCUGCUCCAAUAUUGAUAUCUGUAAUUCCUCUUAAUGAAAACAUAGAUAUUAACAGUAUCGUAUCUAUUUUUGAAAAAAGUGAGGAUUCUCAAACUAUUGUUAAAAAAAGCUCACAAGGAAAUAUUCACAUCAGUUUGAAAAAAUGGAAGAAAAGGUUUUGCCUCGUUACUCCUUCUCCUGAUAAUAUUUUUGAAAUCCUUGAUGUUAUAAAAGUAUCAUCUAUAGUUUUAUUUGUAUUAAAUGAUGAUAUAGAUGAUUGGGGAGAAAACAUAUUGAAGUCCUGUAUUCCUCAACAAUUACCGACUACUAUGGUUGUAUUUUCUAAUACAGACAAACAUUCCAACGUCAAACAGCAGAAUCAAAACAUUCGAAAAAAAGUAAAAGAAGCAAUUACUAAAUUUUUGCCUGAUCCCAAUAUCAGAGCCUUAAAUAAUACUAUGGAUGCAACAAAUUUGUUAAGAAUCAUCAGUGAACAAAAAGAAACACCUAUACAUUAUAGAGAUUGUAGACCUCAUCUAAUUGCUGAAAAAGUCGAAUAUAUUCCAUGUGAGAAAGAUAAUCUAACUGGCACAUUAAAAGUAACUGGUUACAUACGAGGCAAAGCUUUAUCAGCGAAUAAUUUAGUUCAUAUUCCUGAAUUUGGAGAUUAUCAGUUGGUGCAGAUUGAUGCACCAAUAGAUCCAUUUCCAAUUGAUCCAUUAAGGGAUGUAGAUAAUGAUGAUAUCAAAAUUCUGGAAAUCGCUGAUCCUAAAAAUCAAGAAAGCCUUCAAGAUGAAAAUAUCCCGGAACCUAUGGAUUGCGAGCAAACUUGGCCUACAGCUGAAGAGCUUGCUGAAGCGAAAGCUGCGAAACAAAAUAAAAUUAUCAAACGAGUUCCAAAGGGUACAUCAGCUUAUCAAGCAGCGUGGAUACCUGAUGACGGUGAUGAACUAGAUGAUGAUAAAUACUCCGAAAAUGACGAUGAUCAAAAUAUGGCAGUAGAACAAUCGGAUUUUGAUAAUGAAGCUGAUAAUAGUAAGGAAGAUGAUGAAGAAUAUGAAACAAUAACGAUUUCUGAAGCUCCAAUUGAUGAACAUAGAUAUGAUGAACAAAUAGACAUAAGAGAAGAACUACAAGCGAUUGACAUAUUGAAGAAAGCUAAUUUAGAUGCCAAAUUUCCUGAUGAAGUUGAUACUCCACAAGAUACAUUAGCCAAGAUUCGAUUUCAAAAGUAUCGUGGUUUGGAUUCGUUCAGAACAAGUCCAUGGGAUCCAAAAGAAAAUCUUCCUUUCGAUUACAGUAGAAUUUUUGAGUUCGAAAAUUAUAGAAAUACUAAAAAACGAGUGUUCAGGGAUGCUGAAGAAGUCAUUGGUGCAGAGCCUGGCUGGUAUGUUACAUUACAUAUAAAGAACGUCGACAAAGAACUGUAUGAUGCUUAUAGAGCUAUAAGUCCCAGACCACUGGUGGUCUUUGGUUUGCUUCAAUAUGAACAUAAAAUGUCAGUUUUAAAUGUGACAUUGCAGCGAACUAAUGAUUCCGGAGACCAACCUAUAGCAUCGAAAGAAAAAUUAUUAUUCCAGUGUGGCUUUAGAAGAUUUACAGCCUGUCCGCUUUUUAGUGAACAUAUUUCUGGAUCUAAACAUAAAUAUUUAAGAUUCUUUCAACCACAGGUGACAGCAGUAGCUACGAUGUAUGCACCAAUAUCGUUCUCUCCUUGUCCAGUCUUGUGCUAUAAGCAACAUAAAAAUGGUGAAUUAGAAUUAAUAGCUAAGGGCAAUGUCUUGUCCGUUGAUCCUAAUAGACUAAUAAUUAAACGCGUUGUACUGAGUGGCCAUCCAUUCAAGGUGUACAAACGGUCCGCAGUUAUUAGAUUCAUGUUUUUCAAUCGUGAAGAUAUUGAAUGGUUCAAACCUAUUGAGCUCUAUACAAAGUAUGGUAGAAGAGGUUACAUUAAGGAGCCUUUAGGAACCCACGGUCAUAUGAAAUGCAUUUUUAAGGGUCAGCUCAAGUCCCAAGAUACGGUGCUAAUGAAUUUAUAUAAACGAGUCUAUCCGAAAUGGACUUAUGAACCAUUAUCAUUUUAUGUAGAAAAUGAUGAAUAAUAAAUAGAAAGUAAAUUUACAAAACAAUUAUUUAUUUAAUUGUAAAAAAUAUGUAUAAAUUAACUUUUUCAUUUUUAUAUAUAUUUUUCGUUAGAAUUAAUUUCUAAACAUUCAACAAUAUUGUCUUGAUGACAAUAAUCAGAAGAACAACAAACAUUGUUGCAAUUAAGGGCUGUAAAGAAUAUAAUUUAUGUAAUAUUAUUAAUUAUUAGUAUAAAAAUAAUAUUUGUAUUAAUCUA